CCGAAAUGAUUCCUACGGAGUACGGACUGAGAACAUACACACGUAGAUUGUACAUAGAUCGUUCAUAGUCCCAUGAUAUUUCAUUAUGUUGAGCAAACGCGGUGCAUUGAUAGUUCUGGAAGGUUGUGAUCGUGCCGGCAAGUCGACCCAAGUGAAGUUGUUAAUGAAUGCAUUGAGCGAAUUGCAAAUUCCCGCGAGGUCACAGGCUUUCCCGAAUAGGUCGACUCCUAUCGGGAAAAUUUUAAAUAAUUUCCUGUCAAAAGAAAUAAAUAUACCACCAGAGUCAGCACAUCUGCUCUUCUCUGCCAAUCGAUGGGAAUGCAAGGAAAAUAUUGAGAGAACACUUUUAUCUGGUAUUACGCUAGUGACGGACAGAUACGCAGCUUCUGGUGCUGUGUACACAGCAGCGAAUACUGGCAGAAGUCUCAACUGGUGCCAACAAGCUGAUCUAGGACUUCCAAAACCAGACUGUGUUGUGUUUCUCAAGGUGUCGAAGCGACAGCAAAAAGAACGCAGUGAUUGGGGAAAGGAGAGGUUUGAGCAUGACGAAUUUCAACAACAUGUUGAUGAUAAUUAUGAAGCAUUAAGGGACGAUACGUGGUUCGUUGUAAAUGCAGAUCAAGAUAAGUUAACAGUACACGCCGAAAUAUUGCAGAAAAUAUUGUCGAUCAUUCAAGAGGUUCAAAAUCAUAAGAUAGAAUUGCUAAGUGAUUCAAAAUGUUGACAUAGCUGCUAGCUCCUUUGUUUCUUACGAAAAAAUUAAUAAUUCUAUGUAGUAUUUAGAAUCUUUUGCAUUACUUCAAAUAACAUUUUGGCAAAGUAUUUUUUUAUUAUAUGUAUAAAUCAUUCUAUUUUCAUACACGACAAUUUGGUGGUGAUUUAAAGCUUUCAUUAGUAAAAUGAUUAUAAAUUAUGUUGAUUAUUAUUUGUGAUCGGUGCAUAAAUUAUUAAUUAAUAGCAGAAAUAUAUAUUAUCAAAGACCAAAAGUUAUAAGAAAUAGUAAAUUUAAUAUAUGCAUAAAUAAAUUCCAACGUAUACCGUAUUUUAUGUAAAACUAUUUGUUUCAUAGGCACACGCAUUACACGUAUCAAGUUGUGUUAUUACUUAAGGCGCAUCGUCACGAAAUAAACAUAAUUUUGAUUUUAUCGUCACGAAAUGUGAUAGCGCGUGUGCGACGCGAUAUUUGCGAGCACAACUUCACGUGUUAUAAUAAUAAACAUCGUCGUAAUGUCAAACAUAGUAUUUCUCUUUCCCAUUCUGAAUUUGUAUUCAAAUCCAAUCGUUAUCGAGAAAAAUCGAAAGUAAAAACCGGGGUCGCAUGUAUUUCUCAAGGAAAGUCAGAUGUGCUCCAGAGAAAUACGACUUGUAGAUCUGAACACGGUCUCCGCCAAAUAAAAUAUGCGGUAGAUAUUUCCGCAAUUGGCUCGUGUGCAAUUUUACGCGCACGUGUGCAUCUGAAUAAAUCACGAAAGUCAUUUUGCUCUCAGAGCGUGACCGAUGAAGUAACGUUAAUAUUGUAUUAUGGAACUGUAAGGAAGAUAAGGGAAUAUUUAGUAUUAUUAGAAUGCGCAAAGUACAAAUUAAUUAAAAUAUACCAUCAGACAGAACAUAUAGACGUUUCUCCAAAAAACAAGGAGAAAAUUAGUAAUAUUAAUGAUAAGAAAGAAUGGCAAUAGUAGAUAAAUAAUAAUAGGCUCGACUUGUGAGAAGAAAAGGAAAUAAAUGUAUCAUAGAAAUUUGCGAAAUAUACACAAUAAUCUUUAAGAAACAUUUAAACAGAAACAUCGCACAUGUGCAACGUAUUUUUGUGUUUAAUAGAUUAUAUUGAAUGACAAUAAAAAAGAGAAAAAAAA